AUGCCAGACAUUGAUGAUUGGGAACCUGUCCCCAAUGAGACAGAAGAAAAUGAAACUUUGGAAGAGCCCUUCUCUACUGAGAAAAAAAGAAAUAUACCAAAACAAUUGACUGUAGACAGUGAUAACGAAGAUGUAUCAUCUAGUUCUGCUAGUAUAGUUGAAGAAGAUAAGAUCAAUAAUGAUACAGACGGUAAUAUCACAGCACACGUUAAUACUAAUGCUGAUCAUAAAGAAGUUAUUGAUGAGAAAGUACCAUUGGUAGUAAAUACAAAUAUAAGUCCAGAUGAUAUUAAUGAUAAUGAUGACGAUAAACUCAUAACGGGUGAUAUUAAACCUGAGAAUGAAUUACAAUCGCCGUCCUUUUUAAACAACAUGCUUUCUUCAUUCAGGUCAUAUUCUCAAUCAAAUGAUAGCAAUUCACUGGCUUCACCUACGGGAACAGUUGCCACAUCGCCAAGCAUAAUUUCGCAUAGAAGGCAAUCUUCCGUAGGUUCUAAGAUGAGACAUUCCAGUUUACAAUCAGCUUCAAAUUCCGUCGCAUCAAGUCCUAAAGUAGCACCACAAUCCAGGAGUAGUCGUGUCAAUAGUAUAAGUAGUGUCGGUACCACACAUACCAGUAAAUCUUUUAAGGAUUUAAGACCUAUGGAAACAAUCUCCACGAUUGAUAGUUAUAAUGUUGAGGACUCUGACGAUAAUAGAUCAUCUCCUUCACCACAACUAGAUUACAACCCUAAGAAAUUUGUAGAAGAAAAAUAUCUAGAUACACAAUAUCAUUAUGCCUCUUUAGAUAGAGAUAAAGAUUUCCAUACAUUAUUUACAUCCAUUCCGAAACAUGAUCGGUUAAUAGAUGAUUUUAGUUGUGCAUUAUCAAGGGAUUUCCUAUAUCAAGGUAGAAUAUACAUUACGCAAACUCAUUUGGGUUUUAAUUCUAAUAUUCUAGGAUGGACUUCAAAGGUCAUCUUGGAGUUUAAAGACAUAACUUACAUGGAGAAAACAUCGUCAGCUGGGGUAUUUCAAAAUGCAAUCUCAAUUGAGACAGAAGAAGGUAAAACUCAGUUCAUUAAUUUUAUUUCGAGAGAUGGUUGCUUUGGACUGAUGAAAGAAGUUUGGUCUCGUAAUUUGUUGGCGCAUGAGGAAGAAAAACGUAGAAGCGCUAACGGAAUUGCCUUACCAGAAACUUCUUCAAAUAAUAGUAAUAAUCCACAUUCUUUAAUAGAUACAUAUUCGGAAUUAAUUCAUUCUCCUGAUUUGAAAUCAGCAACAGGAACUACCAUGAUGAAGGGAGAUUCAUCCGAUGGUAAUAGUUCGGAUCAUUCAAUUGUAAAAACUACAUUUCACUCAGCAUCACAUGAACCAACCACGCAUGAGAAAGUUUUAAACAUUUAUAAGUUUAAAGAAUCUUCUCCAUAUAAUGAUUUUGAUUUUAAACCACAAGUCCUAAACCCUACACAAUUCCCAUUUUAUCCACCUGAUCAGAAUAAAAAUGAGCAUAUGUUAAUAGAACGUACAAUAAAAUGUACACCAAAUCAAGCAUUUCAAUUGAUGUUUAAUGGAACACAUCAUGUUUUUUUGCAAUCAUUCCUUACCGCUACAAAUUCUUGGGAUAUCAAAUUACCUGAGUCAUAUGUUACAAAUGAACAAACAGGGCACCUUGAGAGAGAGUACAGUUAUUCAAAAUCUAUUUCAGGGAUCCCAGGUGGUUCAACUGAUUGUCUUGUCACAGAAGAAAUCAUACAUAAUGAACCGGAUAAUUAUAUUAUGGUUAUCAAUACUACAAAGACACCAAAUGUACCAUCGGGAGGUGCAUUUUCUACUAAGACAAGAUAUUUGUUCAAAUGGGGCGCUGAUAACACAUGUGACAUAAUGUUAUCCUUCUGGGUAGAUUGGACCGGUUCAAGUUGGAUUAAAUCUAUGGUUGAAGCAGGUUGUAAGGGUGGACAAACAGAUGCAACAACAAAGAUGAUGAAAAUUCUGGAUGAUUUAAUUGAAAAAUAUGUAGCUUCAGAAGUUAUAAUCGUCGAAGCUGGAAACGUGGAUCAUGGUAUCACUGAAAAAGAAAUUGAACGUAACAUGGAAGAGAAUGAAGCUAAACAAGAAGCUAUUAAAGUUCAAAAUGAAUUGAAAAAUCAAAAUCUGGCUAAUUCAGAAAAUAAUAACAUGUUAAAUCUUCUUUUAAUUGUUAUUGCGAUACUAUUAUUAUGGAAUAUAUACAAUCAACGUUCUUUGAAUAGUUCAAUCAGAGGUUUACAGAGAGCUAUUGAUGAACUUCAAAUGAAGUAG